CAGGGCUCGUUGUCUCUAUAAAACCCAGCUGGUCAGAUCUUCAACAGAUCCCAGUCCAGAGAGCGUCAUCUCCCAAGGCUCAGCGUCUUUUGAAGCAUGAGUUCCUACCAGCAGAAGCAGCCCUUUGUCCCGCCCCCUCAGCCUCAAGAGCAGCAGGUGAAGCAGCCCUGCCAGCCUCCACCACAAGGACCCUUUGUUCCCAUAACCACAGGGCCAUGCCAGCCAAAUGUUCCACAGCCAGGAAGCAGCAAGACUCCAGGGCCGUGCCACACCAAAGUCCCUGAGCCUGGCUACAAGGUUCCUGGGUCAGGCAAUAUCAUGGUUUCUGGGCCUUGUUCUACCAACAUCCCAGAGCCUGGCUACAAUGUAGUUUCUGGGUCUUGUUCUACCAACAUCCCAGAGCCUGGCUACACUGUGGUUCCUGGGCCUUGUUCUACCAACAUCCCAGAGCCAGGCUACAAUGUAGUUUCUGGGCCUUGUUCUACCAACAUCCCAGAGCCAGGCUACAAUGUAGUUUCUGGGCCUUGUUCUACCAACAUCCCAGAGCCAGGCUACACUGUGGUUCCUGGGCCUUGUUCUACCAACAUCCCAGAGCCAGGCUACAAUGUAGUUUCUGGGCCUUGUUCUACCAACAUCCCAGAGCCAGGCUACAAUGUAGUUUCUGGGCCUUGUUCUACCAACAUCCCUGGGCCAGGCUACACUGUUGUUCCUGGGCCUUGUUCUGCUGGCAUCCCUGAGCCAGGAACAAAGGUACCAGAACCAGGCUAUACCAAGAUCCCUGAGCAGGGAUUCUCCAAGGUACCAGAGCCAUGCCAGUCCAAGAAUCCUGCGGUGUACCCUUCAACCGUCGCUCCUGGAGCUCCUCAGAAGACCAAGCAGAAAUAGUCCAGUCCACAGCAAAGUCCUUGAGGAGCC